CGUUAGAGUCGGAGCAGCCGGCCGUUUGAUGAUCUUAUCGCUGGGUUUGUUGUCAGGAAGAAAGCACGAAGGCACACAAGGUCAACUGCCGCCACAAUGACGUACGAUGAUUACGAGUCGAUCGAGGACUAUCUCAGCAACGAGGUGUACGGGACGACGUACGGAUUUGCGGAGGAAGACCGAGCGCGUCCGGACCCCGGAACGCCACCGGAAGCUGGCCUGACCCACCAGCUGACACUCUUCUACGCCUACAACGUGAUCGUCGUGGCGAUCGGGAUAAUCUCAAACGCGGUGCUGAUCAAGGGAAUUCUGAGCAGCAGAGCGGGUGGGGCCUUCUACUUUCUGCUGCAGAUCGCGAUCGUGGACGUCGUGACGCUUCUGGUCAGCAACUGGGAGCUACACUACCGCUCCGGGCGCAGCUGGACCCUACCGGCGACCCAUUGCACACUGUUUGGUGGCCUCGAAUCGUUCACGAGCGUAGCGAUCGUGUACUUUAUCGUGGCACUUAAUUUUCACUCGAUCGCCACCUACAACCUGGCGGUCGACAUAGCCAUGGUGACGCCGGAACCGGAAAGCGUGGCCGAAUCGCUGGCGGACGAGAACAGCUACGAGGUGGCGAUGGCAGAUACCGUGUCGCAGAAGCGAUCGCUCACGAUCGACUACCGGUACCGGAAGACGCGUAUCUCGGCACUGCUUCCGAUUCUGCUCGUGUGGUUCAUAGCCGUGUCGGAGUCGCUGCCCGUGUUUCUGUUCUCGGACGUAGUGGCUGGCACCGCGGCCGUGGGUGGCGAACCGGAAACGUGGAGCUGCACCGUUCUGAUGCACACCGGCAGCAACCACGUGAACCUGUUGGUGAUCGGUACCCGGAUUAUCAUUCCCACCGUGGCGCUGGCCUUGACGAGCGUCCUGCUGGUGGUCAAGUUCUACAACGGCAAGAACUUCCCGCAGCCGGACGAGUUCGACGAGAACGUGGCGUUCGCCCUGAAGGUGUCCAUGUUUCAGUCGGGCUCAUUUGUGGUUUUCGGUCUCCAGCGACUCUACGGAUCGCUGCUGCUGGAGAUACUGUCCGAACCGCACAUUGUGCCUCGCUACCCACUGUUCAACUCGACGGUUGGGCUCGUGCUGACCGUGAGCUACUAUUUGGGGUCCUUAAUACGACCACUGGCCAUGAUCGUGAUGUGCAAGCAGAAGCAUAAUCACGUCGAGAUCGUCUUUCUCUGUCGGAAAGGGGCGCCCGAUAAUACGAUGUCCUUGCAGUGAGCAGAACGUGCCAAAUUUCGAUUUCAUU